AUGUCCUCCUCCCAUGGAGAACCGAAGAAACCACCCGCACGAGCGCCCCUUGACCCACUCAUAACGACCGACCCGGGGCCCUCCAAGUUCGAGCUUGUCCAGAACGCCAUCUUUUCGCGCUUCACCCACCGCAAACACGACUCGACAAAAAUUCUGUCGGACUUGGCCCCGGUCAUAAUGACGCCGCGCAUGAUCAACUCCACCGCCAACGCCUCUCUUCGCCGCCAAACACUGGGCCCGGCGUCGAAACCAAUGGCAAACUCGAAGCUCGACUUUGCCACCCUCGGGCGUGCGCCGCUCAAGCUGGGGCUGGGCUCACGAAGGAUUACGUCAGGCGACCUGCAAAUUGUGGAGGCCACCGACGAGCUGCUCGAGAGCGAAAUUCCAGAGCCGGAUGGCGUCGCGUCUGAUGUCAGUCUCCUGCGGGGCUUUAAUGCCACAAUCCCCAGCGCCGAACAAGGGCGGGCGCGAAGACGGCAAAUGAGGAGUGUGGAAACACCGCGGAUUGGACUGAAGCGGCUGGGAAUGAGUGCAAGGGGGCUCAUGACUGAUGACGACGAGCACGACGGCCACAGUGUGGAAAAGGAAAGCGGCGGGGGGCGGGAGAGUCUGAGCACUGCGAAAACACUCGGCAAAGACGAGCUUACGCGACAGUCGAAAGAGAUUAUUCGCGACAAGGAGAACAUCCACGUCCGAAGGAACCUCGUUCAUAGCGAGAUUGCAGAGAUCUCGCAUAAAAUUGCCGCACUCGAUGCUAUCAGGGCCAAACUGGAACAAGAUUUGCUCAAGUUGCACGAAGACGAACUUGAACUCGACGAUGAGCUUGAGGGAGUCAAGGAGCGUCUGGACUUUGAGCAAUCGCAUCUGCAGAAAGCUUCCACUCAACAACCCUUCCAACUGCCUCAUCACACAUCUCGGAGGCGGAAAGGUCCAGCCUUCCUACCUUCGGAACACGACGAGUUGCCGCCUGGUGUUGCAUUCAUGACUUUAGACGGGCACACUACGCCCUUGACUGCAUUAGACUUUUCCGAACCCUACGGGACGCUUGUUAGUGCCUCGCAGGACGAUGCACAACCGCGGGUGUGGGAUCUCUUUUCUGGCACGGAAAUAGGGCGUUUACGGGGUCACACUGGGACCGUCAAAGCCCUCCAAGUGCAAGACACGGUGUGUUUAACGGGUGGAGAAGACGGGAAUGUCCGGCUAUGGGACUUAAGACGGGUGGAUGCGGAACCCGCUGAUAGCUGGGCUGAUGUCGGCGAGCUUGUCACACUCAGCGAGGAAGACGAGGAUCAGGAGACUGAUAGAGACCCUGAAGCAGCUUCGGGUACAACGCGAGUACGGGCUGGCAAAGAACGCGCAGUAGAGCAGGAUGACUGCUGUGCGCGUGUUCUUGAGGGUCAUACGAAAGCGGUCACGGCUUUGUAUUUCGAGGAUGACUGUUUGGUUACUGGCGCCUCUGACAAAACUCUGCGGCAAUGGGACCUCACAACGGGCCAAUGUGUGAUGACGAUGGACAUUCUGUGGGCCAUUUCGCAUGCCCACCAGCCGCGCAAUAGCGUUUCCGGUGGGAUUCUACCUAACAACCUCUUUUCUGGUGCAGCAGCUUCCGUCGGCUCAUUUGGCGUCCCAAUGCCGCCUUACGCUGAUGGCACCUGGGACAUGUAUGAGGAUUUUGUUGGCGGCGUACAGUUCUGGGGGUACGGUCUUGUGAGUGGUAGUGGCGAUGGGGCAGUGAGGAUGUGGGACAUGCGAACUGGACAAGCCCAUCGGACAUUGCUCGGCCAUACGGCGCCAGUUACUUGUGUGCAGUUUGACGAGAUCCACAUUGCCAGCGGCAGUUUAGACAAGACGCUACGGAUAUGGGACCUCCGCACUGGCGGCGUCUUCGAAACGCUCAAAUACGACCAUGCUGUGACAAGCCUCCAGUUCGACACGCGCAAAAUUGUCGCAGCCACGGGGGAGAACGGCAUCAAGAUUUACAAUCGAACGAGCAUGCAGCAGUCGACGUUGCAGACUAAUGGGCAUAUGAAGCCGGUCGAGCGGGUGCGGUAUAUGGACCGCUACUUGGUUUCGGGCGGGCGGGAUGCGACGGUGAAGAUUUGGUCAUUAUAG